CCUUCAGCAGGCGAGCUUCGGCCCGUGAUCAUGAACAAUGAAAAUUCCGAAGAGAGUGAGCUGCAAAAAUCGACGGAGUUCAAAGUGAGCCUGAGAAACCUGUCCCUGGACUCGUCGGGCGCGUUCACUUGCGAAGUUAUGUCGGACGAAAACUUCGAGACGCUGCGGAAGUCGGCUAAUAUGACAGUCAUCGACCCACCUGACGGAGAACAACAUGGUGAAUAUGGCCCAGUCAUCAAAGUGAGAGGAUGGAAUGGCAUCGGACCUCUGGAGGUCAGAGAUGGGCAGCGCGUGGAGGCACUGUGCCAGGCCAGGAACGUUUAUCCGCAUGCGAUCUUAACUUGGUACCAUAAUGGCACAGAGGUUCCCCGCGAAUCCGUCGCGAACCAGACCAACGAGAUGGUGGGAUUCAAAGCCGUCACUUCGUCCUUAAAGCUGAGACUCAACGCCGACCAGUUGUGGGAUGAGCAAGGUCGGGUCCUCCUCCAGUGCGCAGCCGAAAUUCCCGGAUUAUUCCAUGAAAUGUCAGUGCUGGAACUGCAUAAUCCAGUUCUGAGAAGAGCCAGGCUGACUGGACUCUUUGCCUCUGGUCACAGUGCCAGACCCUCAACAUUCCUGAUGGCUUCGGCAGCUAUUCUGUCCGUGCAGCUUCUCCGCGUGACAGUUCUGUCACCUUGGUUAUAACGCUGGCAUGGAAAUGAAUAUAACAUUAUGAAUGUGUAUCGGCCCGCCUCAUUACUGUAGAGUUGGGCUACGCUACUCGUAUAGUGGAUCGUGUUUGCGUAUAUGGUAAUUCCGGUUACUUUCUUCCUUUCUGAGUCUCUCCUGACGUUCGGAGAAAUCUUCCCGGUUUUUUUUUUAUAUAAGCUUCUAUACCCUACAUCGUAAGAGACUGCGCGGUCUCCCGUGUUUUGUCGAAUAUUGCGAGUAUUGUGUUAUCAUUAGUUUAAGCUGUGAUGUCAUGAGGCGUGCGUGAACAUAAAAUAUAUAGAUAUAUAUAAUGACGAUAAUCAAUAACUAGAAAUGCCAAAUGGCGCCCUCCUCGUCUUGUAAAUACAUCACCGAUAACUGAGCUGCAAUCACGUUGUGAUUCCUUAUACACAGGGUAGAUUUUUGUUUUGUUUUUCUAAACCGUCUGCGUGUUUGUAUUCCGCUGUUCCUCGUUGCUUCUAUUCGUGAGGUGAGAUUUUUGUAUACCACAGCCUUCCCACAGUGUCAAAAUUCUCUCGGAUCUACUGAUCAAUACCGUGCAAUGGAAACACAUCUCUCAAUAUUGAUAUAUAGUAGCGUAUAUUUUUCAACAGCUCAGCAAUCGCACCUGGAACGGAAUGUGAUGAGACGCUUCGCGAAGCAGAAAAGAGGAGUCUAAUUGUUCACUUGGUGGUGCACUGAAUAUGGCAACAUUGCUCUGAAACUACUGUGUGUAGCAGUCGCCAUUCAUAGUCACGAACCUUAUUCUGGUGAAUGACGAGUGGAAACUGAGUACUUAGCUGUUAGAUGUUGGAUCUUUAAAUAGAAACACGUUUGUUUAGAAUAUGCUUCAUUCGGCCUCAUCGUUUCGAACCGGAUUCACUCGAGAUUCGAAGCACCGAUAACGUGAGAAGUGAACAGAUCAUGUGCGAGGCUCUGCUCUGUCGUCGCUGUCACUACUCCUGACCUCAUUUGCCCCGAAUGUCAUCGGCUACGUCCUCUGCUUUUGAGGAAAUUGUGAGAUAACACCCAAGGAAACCUGAACUUUAAGUCGUCUUAGCUUAAAAUGAAGUCAUAGAUAGCCAGGAGGUGAAAUGAAGUUUUCAGAAAAGUUGACACGAAGAAAGUGAUUUUGGGUCAAAAGCCAUCAUGCUGUUUUAAGCGUGAGAUCAUAUUUGUUGUGUGGUGAAAAAUAAAGCAGCGUGCUAUAUCAACGCUCAAGAGUUAUAUCAUAAUGAUUGUCAAGGUGGCGUGUUCAGCGUAGCGCUUAAAGUUCAAUUGUGACGAGUGUGUUAGUGUGAAAUAGAAGAAAACCAGUUUUUCUUUUUUCUUUUUUUCUGUGAGUUGAACUCAUUAUAGAAUUUCUUCUACGUCUCUUGGCAAUCAAAAAAAAAAAAAAAAAAUCGUGUUUACCUUACUUCAACGAUCAUUCUUAAUUUUACAUGUAGAAAACUUAUUCCAUGUUAGAAUUGUCUCAUAGGUCCCAAUUGAAAUUUUUAACUCAUGCCAAAUAAUUCGUUACCUUUAUAUUUGUAGUAAACGUAUUUUAUGCUACAAUUAUUUUGUCUUUAGGCCUAUUCUGAAAUGCUUAACGCAUGUCAGUUUCAUUGGCAUAUGAAAUCAAAAUGUGUAUAUUGUAAAGUCGAGAGUUCGUAUUUUUACAAAACUGUUUAUUUAAAAUGUGUAUCAUAUCAAAAAAACUAUUUCAUCUUUUGUUUAUGUCUCAAACUGAAAUAUAGUCUCACAGAGUUAAAUGGAUUUCAAAACCAUGAUGGUAAUUAUGAAAUUUUUUUAUUCGUCUCCUCAUUUUUCUUUCAUGAAUAUUUAAAAAACCUAAACGAUUGGAUUUUGAUGUGGAUAUGCGCGCUAUCGUGAAAAUAAUAUGUAAAUAUUAUAAUAGGUAAAUGUUUAAACACAAAAGCUUUUAGCUCUAC